AUGAGUGAAAUGGAAGUAAAGCAAAAGCUGUUGAACGCGACGUGUACUUAUGAUGAUGAACUCAAGAUCUGGAGUGGUCGUAAAGCACAGAGUUUAUUUUCGCCAGAUUUGUCCAUCGGAGAGAUUAUCUUUGGGGAAAUGGUAAACCAUCCGAAGCUCAUUGCCCAGGUAGGUUUCCUUUCUCGAAUCCUCAGAUCUCGAUCACGCAUUCAUAUGAAUGCGGUGCGAGUGGCAAGUUAUAUGAGGAAUAUGGGCUUGGGGCAAACUGACAUCGUGGGGGUCAUGGGCAGACACACGACUCACUUAUCAGCUGUGACAUAUGCAUGUUUCUUCAACGGAACCCCCUUCCACGCCCUUCACAAUGCCUACGAAGAGGCAUGCAUGGCCAAACUUUUUGGACUUACGAAACCCCGUUUGAUUUUCUGCGAUGGUGAUGAGUACGAAAAGGUUAAGUCGGCCACCAAGGCGAUAGUCACCAUGCGAAAUCAUCCGAGCGGAUCAGUGAGGAUCCAGGAUGUUCUGACCACUCCAGUGAUGCAGAAUUUCCAACCAGUUCGUCUCAAAGAUGGCAACGAUCACACUCUGGCCAUUCUCAGUUCUUCCGGCACCUCCGGUUUUCCAAAGGCAGUUACCAUCAGCAAUAGUCACAAGAUCAUUGUGGACUACAUGUAAGUAGUUAAAUACUUUAAUAACUCCACUAUUCAGUAUACGUCGAGCACCCUGUACUGGUUCUCGGGUCUUUUGAUGGCCAUCAUCUCUGGUGUGUUCAGUACCACUAGCAUUAUUGCGGACUGUGACUUUAAUCCUGGUCUAUUUUGUCCCGCCAUUGGAAAGUAUAGGAUCUCGAUGGUGCUUUUAAGUAGCUCCUACCUAGCCAUGUUUGCCAACAGCCCAGAGUUCCAAUCGGCUGACCUAUCUUCAUUAAAAUACGUGUUUUUUGGAGGAUCAAGCUGUUCUCUAGAGGUUCAGCGUAAAGUUCGCAGCCGUCCUAGCCACGAUUGCCUAAAUUUUUGCUACGGCUUAACUGAGCUCAACAGUGUAAAUUUCGAUGAGAAACCCAAUUCAGUGGGUCGUCCGAUUAGGGGUAUACAAAUUAAGAUAUUAGACGAGCAGGGUGAAGCUCAAGGACCCAAUGUCGUGGGAGAGAUAUGCUUCAACAAUGGUCAAAAAUGGUUGGGUUACUACCAAAAUCCCGAUGAAACCAGGAAAAUUCAAGACUCUGAGAACUGGAUUCACACAGGAGACCUGGGCUAUGUGGAUGAGGAUGGAUAUCUAUUUGUUAUCGAUCGCCUAAAGGAUAUGCUGAAUGAGAUUGAGAAUGUCAUCGCCGAAAUGCCGAAUGUGCUCGAGGCUUGUGUGUUUGGCAUUUGGGAUCCAGUAAAUGGAGAUGAAGCAGCAGCACCGGUGGUCAAGAAACCGGGGACCCAACUGGCAGCCCAGGAUGUGGUGGACUUCGUAAGGAAGCGCAUAACUGCCAAGUUUAAGCAGCUAAAUGGUGGAGCUUUAAUUGUAGAUCAAAUUGUGGGAUGUGGUAACAGAAAAACCAACAGAUCGGCUGUCAAAAAACACUUUUUAAAUAAUUAUAACAAUAACUAG